AUGGCUUGCACCAUCUCGCGAGGUGACAGCUCAGCGGUUCGCUUCCCUUCUGUCCAAAGCCCUUCUACGGGACAUGGAGAUGUUGUGGAGACGGAAGCCUCGCAGGCCCAGCCAAGCGGCGACAAGGAGCUUCGAUUUCGUGCCCUUACAGAGAACGCCUAUGGACUGCAGCGUGAGGGUCUGCGAUCCCGUGGAAGGGAUGGCUUGGGCGACUUCCGGCAUGCUGAUCCAGGUCCGACACGCAGCUCACACUUCAAGACGGCAUCUUCCCAGAUUCGUGGGUUAUACCUGGUGAAGUUUGCUGUAUCUGUGACUGCUUGUUACUUGACUAUCCAGCUCCUUAUAACUUUCGCCGAAGUGCUGCUCCCAUUCAUCUUUGCAAUGCUUGUCGUGAUUGUCUUGGAGCCGAUGAAAAAGUUUGUCUUGCAAGUUUUCUCUGGUCUCGCAGUGGGUAUUCUCACGGCCCUGCGGAUGGACUUCUGCGUCGACAGCAUGUCAAUGCAUGGCUUUGCAGACGGACGCCUGCCGAGUGUUGAUGAAACGACGCCCGUCUACGGCAGUCUCCCAGACGAUUCCACAACGGAGGAUGCGCCGCGGCCUGCAAGACCUGUUCCCUGUCUUAAGAGAGUUCUUGUCACCAUUUCUAUCAUAUUUUGCUUGCUCGUGAGCGGGCGUGUGCUCUGGAUGAUUGCCAGAGUGUUCUUUCGCGCGGGGGCCGUGAUCUCCUCCAACUUGGACUUCUACAAGCAGGGCGCGGAGCGCCUCAAGGGGUGGGUGCAAACGUACAUCCAUGACCUACACAUCAGCUCACUUGACUACGGGGAGCUCCUCGACGAGCUUGUGGCCGAGGUCGAGCACAUAGGCAGCGUCGUGACCCAGAGUGUCAUCUACACUGCGGUACAGGCAGUAGUUACAUUCAUCUUCCUGAUUUAUAUGCUUUGGAGUCCGGUCAAGGUGGACGGCAGUGCAGUUGCUGCGGAGGUCUUCAACUCCACCAGCAGAUAUCUCAAGGUGAAGUGUCUCACUUCAGCCUUCACUGGGCUGUCGAUUGGAAUCUUGCUCUGGGCUAUUGGCCUGGACCUCCCAGCUGCUUUCGGCUUGCUGUCCUUCCUGGCCAACUUUUUGCCAGGCAUCGGCUCUCCUGCAGCUUCCGUGCUGCCGUGCAUCCUCGCGAUCAUCGAUGUGAGGAAAACUCCGACGCAGGUUUUGCUGGCCUUUGUCCUUCAAGCGAUCAUGCACUUCUUCAUCGACUUCGUGAUAGAGCCUGUGUUCUUUGGCAUCUCUGUGGAGAUUCACUCUGUAAUUGUUAUCCUCGGAAUUUGGUUCUUCUACCAAGUCUGGGGAGUUCCUGGCAUGCUGCUCUCGGUGCCACUGCUUUCAGUGGUGAGUCCUGAAUGUCGUGCGCGGCAGAUGGCUGCGAUGCUGAAGGCACCAAGCGUUGCGGGCGCUGUGGCGCUGCUGCCUACUGAAGCCAGGAGACGAGAGGAUGCGGCCAAUGCGGCCCCGGACUUGGAACGUGAGCUGGGAAAGGCCCGGCAAGGAGCCUCAGAAGUAGAUCUAAGCAGCAACGAGCUAAGCGGAGCUGCCGUUCACCAGCUGGCCCAAGCCCUUUCUUCUGCACCGAGAGUGCAGCACCUAAAGUUGGAGGAGUGUCGGCUUGACGUUGAGGCGGCUGCCGUUCUGGCAAAAGCACUUCCUGCGCUGACGUCUUUGCAGAUCCUGAGCCUGGCGCACAACCAGCUGGAGGUCGGCGGCGCCGAGGUGCUGGUCGCAGGCUUACGGGAGGGAGGACGUCGGGAACUGAAGCUACGUGAGUUGAGUUUGGCUGACAACUUGCUUGGGCCACGGGCCGCGCUGUGUGUCGCAGAGCUGAUGCUUCAAUUCGUCGAAAUGGAGUCUUUAGUUUCUGUGAGCCUCGCGGAGAACUUCAUGCAGGAGGAGGGGGGGGAGUUCUUGUCCAGAACUCUGUGUGGAGGCGGUGGUCGCGCAAGCUCCUUGUAUUUGGAUUUGUCGGCGAACGAUUUGCGGGUGGCUGGUGCCAAGUCCUUGGUGCCACUACUGGAUUGGGCUCCUCUGGGCUCUUUGGAGCUGCAUGGCAAUCGGAUUCACGACUUUGGUGCGGUGGCCCUGGCGAAGGGCUUGCAGACAAACACUACAUUGACACAUCUGGGCCUUGCAGAAAAUCUCAUUGGUGACGACGGCGCCGUGGCCCUUGCAGGCACCCUGGACCUCUGUGGAGGUCAGGGCCAGGUCAUCCGAGACAAAGGCGCCUUUGCCUUGGCCGAGGCACUGAGAUCGAACGCAGCUUUGGAAGGCUUGGAGCUGGACGGUAAUGGAAUCACAGCGGAUGGUGGGAAUGCUCUCGAGAAUAUGCUGUCAGCGAACCAAAGCCUGACCUCCCUGACAUUGCGAGGAAACCAGUUCGACUACACAGCUGUGGAUGAAUGUGCGCUGGCCGUGCCGUUUCACUUGACAUCUGUUUCACUGGUCAAAGAUAGGAUCAUGAUGAGGUCCAUGAGGCAUGCAGGGCCCAGUGGAGGCGGAGAGGACGCAGACACCCUGGCAUUCCUGGACAACGUCUUUGCAGGGCGCUGGAUGAGUUCUGUCGGAGAGACAGGAGAAGAUGACUUUGACCUUGGGGAUCUGCAGAUGGCCGGUCAAAAGUCAGGCGACAACGAGCUGGAUCCAGGCGAGCCACAGCCUCCGGUGUGUGGCGACCUGGCGAAGCAAGACCUCUGGACCUCGCUCCAAGAGAGCGCCUGGGGACAGGAGCCCCGGGGUCCCGGGGUGUUCUGA